AUGUCGAGGCUCCGGCUCGUCUCUUCCACACCUAGCCCGAAAGUGAGGUGUGUGGGGUCAGGCCUACCACGUCACGCCCACACUCCUGAAGCGGUUCACGAUCCACUGACUGGCCAUACCCUCAUUUUAGCUUCUCCCUCCAAUCCACCCAUCCGACCCUCCAAAUACCAAGUUUUCAUUCGCCUCCUACACUUCACUAAACUCACACUCCCUUCAACCUCGAACUAUGAAAUCCACUUUUCCUCUCCUCUUUGUCGCCAUGCUCUCUGCCCUCCAGCCCAUCUAUCCAUCCAUCUGCACAACCCACAAUCCCCUAUUCCAACCACCAUCUAUCCACCUAUCAACUUGCUCUUUCAUCGUCUAUCUAUCCACCUUUCCAUCUGA